AUGGCGCCGCCGCAGCACUUCCGUGUCCUUCGCUGCUGCUCUUGUCGCCUGUUCCAGGUGCACCAGGCAUCAAAGAGCAAGAAGUGGACUUGCAAAGCCUGUGGGGAGAAGCAGUCAUUUCUGCGGGCUUACGGUGAGGGCUCUGGAGCUGACUGUAGGAACCACGUGCAGAAACUAAACCUGCUUCAGGGGCAGCUUUCAGAGACGUCACCCAGGAUUUUGAAAGGAGGGUCACAGGAUGAGAACAAGGAGAAGAUUGCUCAGCCCAGCUGA